AUGAAAUCGGUAGAUGAGCAUCAGGAAAUGGAGACGCUUCGUAAUUGCCUGAAGAAUGGAAAGGCAGAUCGGUAUCCUGUCUUUGACGCGAUCAGAAAGGAACACACCGAAUGCCUAGCGACGAUUAUUUCAAAGUUUCCCAAGAUGAUUUAUCUGCGCGAUCAUUCGGGUUACCCGCCACUUUGCGAAGCCGCCAGCCUUAACUUCAAAGAGGGCUGCGAGCUAAUCCUCCGCUACUCGGAAGCGGUAGAAAAUCCAUUCGACGAUGCUUCUUUGCUCAACUACGCGAAUUACCGGCAGGAAACGCCACUUUUUCUGGCCGUGGAGAAAGAAAACCUCGAAACGGUGAUUUGCUUGAUGCAGGCGGGAGCAAGCGCCGUGCAACCUUGCAUUCGCGGCUGGACUCCGCUGCACGAAGCGGCGGCGAAAAAGACUUCGCGCAUUUUGGUGAACCUUCUCAUGUCCGGAGUCGACUUGGACACGGCCGAUUGUUUCGGAGUGACGCCUCUCUUUACCGCUGUGAUUUCUGGCUCGACCGAAUGUGCCGAGCUUUUGCUUCAGCGAGGCGCGAAUGUGGAACACGGCCGCGCUGGAUUCACCGAGAAUCCAGCGACUCCUCUUCACGAGGCCGCGCGGCGAGGCGAUUUGAAAAUGUGCGAGAUUCUAUUGGAAAAUGGCGCGAAUCCGAAUGCUUUGGACAAGCGAAAUCGAGCUCCCAUUCAUCUUGCCGCGAUGGGCGAUUUCAUUUCUAUCGUCGCUCUUCUCACCAAAGUUACUAACAAGCAAAGUUGGAAAACGCACAGUAGAAAAUUGGUUUUAAACCGUCGAAUUUACAAAGAAUCGGGCCUGAGCCCAGUCAUUUCCUGCCUGGAAGACCGCGCCGACAACUACUACACGAUGGAACUGCUGCUCGAAGACGGCUGGGACCCGAACCACUGCAUCAACGACAAACAACUGAUGUACAAGGACGGGCGAAAAACAGCGCUCUACUUUGCGGUCUACAACAACGACGACGAUGCGGUCGAGUUGUUGCUCCAGCACGGCGCAAAAGUCGACCUAGAUCCUUUGAAAUGCAUCACCGUGGCGGUCGGAACGAGCAAUUUUGACAUUUUCGACAUGCUGCUCCUCCACGGCGCGGAUAUCCACGAAGUCAACUUGAAAGUUGGCGACUUUCCGACCACUUUUGCGAGCGCUCUUUCCGACCAUCGAUUCAUUACGAAACUGCUUCAGAUGGGCCUCGACGCGGAGCACCUUUUCAAAUGUCCUUUUGGCGAAGGAGAACACCCGAGCUACGAAGAGUUGUAUCGAAUGAAAAAGCCGAUUCCAGUUCCCUGGUGCAUCAAAAUGCAAAACAUAAAAAACUCCGCGAUGCCUUCCUGGCUGGUUCCGUACAUUUUCAAAUUCAGCAAACGAACGGGCGUGAAACUCUGCUCCCUUACCAAGCAGAUCAUCGACGAAAACGCUCACAAUCAGAUCGCGAAAAUGACGGAAAAGCCAACAUCGCUGAAGCAUUUAUCCAGAGUCACCUUUGUUAAAUCUUGUCGAAAAAAGCUUCAGCGCCAAAGUUUCCUACGCCACGAGCUGCCAAAACUACCCUGCAAAGUUCUCGACCAGCUGCAGUUCAAAGACAUUAAAUGGUGA